UGCUCAAGUACAGAAAUUAUAAAGAUUAUGAGUAAAUUUUUAGGUGAUACCGAUGUUACGUGGCAGUGGCAGAGAUAAGAGGAUUCCUCCCAAUCUCCGCCCUUACAGACCAAUAAAGAACGAAACUACCGUUUUACAAUCAGCAGUUUACCGAGCUGUUUUCUUCGUCUGAAAACCGCUUUCCCUCUCCAGUGCUCUCACUUCUUCCUAAUCUGUAAAAUUCCACAUCUUCCCGAGGCUUUCCCUGUCUCUCCUUUUCUGUUCUUGAAGACACGUCUGUACUGUAUACUCGACUCUCUAUCUUUUCAUCUUUCUCUGUCUCCACAGCUUCUCCCGCCAUGGCUCUAUAAUCUUUGACUGAAUCUGCUUCUUUAUCGGCGGCGGCUUUUAUGGCUUUUCGCAACCAGCUCUCUCGGGACCUUCCUCUUCAUUACGCGAACCAGCCUCAACAGCAGCAACCGGAACGGCCGCUUUCUGAUAACACUCUGCGCUCGAUUCUAUCUGAUCAGCUCUCCGAUCACUCUCCGGCUGGCGAUGGUUCUAAGUCUGAGCAUCCGCUUCAGAGCACUCCGAAUUGGCUGAAUACUGCGCUACUUCGGAAUCAAACCCCUCAUUCUCACUACUCUGGCGAGACCACGGCAACCGCUGCGGAUAACGUCAACACCGACUUUCUUAAUCUUCACACGACUGCUCCCAAUUCUGCCGUUUCUCACCCAUCCGGUCAAUGGCUCUCCCGCCCGAUCCUCCAUCGCAAUCAAAGUGAUGUUAUCGAUGACGUCGCCGAUGCCGCAGAUGCUAUGAUUGGCGCUACUGCCACUUUGUCGCGUGAAUCAGAUGAUUUGAAGAACAACAGCAGCGGCGGGGGAGCAGAGGGGGUGAAUAACAGCGACGAUGUGGCGGUUGAGAGCGAUGGUAAUGAAGGUGCUCAUGGUGGUGAGGCGGCGAUGAAUUGGCAGAAUGCGCGGUUUAAGGCUGAAAUUCUGGCUCAUCCUCUUUACGAACAGCUGCUCUCUGCUCACGUCGCCUGCCUCCGGAUCGCAACGCCGGUGGACCAAUUGCCGAGAAUAGAUUCUCAGCUUUCUCGGUCUCAGAAUGUGGCGGCGAAAUACUCGUCGCUGGGCAACGGUUCUCAGCCCAUAGUCGGCAAUGGAAAAGAGCUCGAUCAGUUCAUGACGCAUUAUGUUUUAUUACUUUGCUCUUUUAAAGAACAACUCCAGCAACAUGUGCGUGUCCAUGCAAUGGAAGCAGUAUAUGCCUGCUGGGAAAUUGAGCAAUCUCUGCAAAGCUUGACAGGUGUUUCACCAGGUGAAGGUACGGGUGCUACAAUGUCUGAUGACGAUGAAGACCAGAUAGAUAGUGAUGCUAAUUUGUUUGAUGGAAGUUUGGAGGGUCAUGAUGCUAUGGGAUUUGGUCCCCUUAUCCCAACAGAGAGUGAGAGAUCCUUGAUGGAAAGGGUGAGGCAUGAAUUGAAGCAUGAACUAAAGAAUGGAUACAAGGAGAAAAUUGUAGAUAUAAGGGAGGAGAUUUUGCGAAAAAGGAGAGCAGGUAAACUUCCUGGUGACACCACGUCCGUCUUAAAAGCUUGGUGGCAAUCACAUUCAAAAUGGCCAUAUCCAACUGAGGACGAUAAAGCAAAGUUGGUUCAGGAAACUGGUCUUCAACUGAAGCAGAUAAAUAACUGGUUUAUCAACCAGAGGAAGAGGAAUUGGCACACAAAUCCUUCAACCUCAACAACCUUAAAGACUAAACGCAAAAGAAGUAAUGCAGGUGAAGCAACAGGCAACGACCAACAAUAGCUUGAUCAAAGAAAACAGAAACAACCAAAAGAAAAAGACGAGCCCCCUCGAUCCGACGAUUUCAAGUUGUAUUGAAGCAUUGAAAUUGGAAAUCAUCGUCUGUUUUGGGGUUCAGCAGCAAGGUUGAUGUGAAUGUUAGGCCAUUGUUAUUUAUAUUAUGCUGAUAAGAAUGUGAAUGGCGGAGAAUGAAACUACACAGAAUAUUAGAAUUUUAAGUAUGCAGGCUCUUAUAGAACUUAAUUGGGUGUCUUCCACUUGCUUUAGUGAGAUGUUGAAUUUUUCUUGGCGAGGAAAAUAGAUGUAUAGUUGUAAUAAGCUCUGUAUUGGUUACUUUACAGUCAUAGUAGCGGAGCCAUUAUAGCUUUUCUUGACACGUUUUAGAUUCAAGAUUGAUUUGAUUUGAAGUUUGUAGUUCAUAUGCUAAAAUAUAGCUUUUACAAUAUAUACAUAUAUUUGACUCAAA